UGCAUCUUCAUCUUCCACAGAGAAAAACCCAAGAAAUUAAUGGACAUCAAAGCCUCCUUGUCCACCGUCUUCCUCCUCCUCCUCUCGGCGGUGGAAUGGCCGUCGACUUCGGCGGAGGGUUACACUCCACCGGCUCCGACCACCGGAUAUCCCACCGGAAAGACGGUGGAAGCGGCGGUGGAAGGGAUGGUGUAUUGCCAAGCCUGCGACAAGUUCGGUUCUUGGUCACUGGAAGGGGCAAAACCCAUCAGUGGAGCCAAGGUCAGCGUCAUAUGCAAGAACCAUUACCAGCAGGUGAGCUUCUACAAGGUAUAUCAGACCGAUUCCAGCGGCCAUUUCUACGCAGAGCUCAAGGGUUUCAAGACGAGCCCUCAUUUCUUGGACCAUCCUCUUCACUCCUGUCGUGUCAAGCUUGUGUCUUCUCCACUCGAGGGCUGUAACCUAUUCUCUAACAUCAACAAUGCUCUUGAUGGUUCUCCUCUCCGGUAUGAGGACAAGAGAGUGAAGUGGACAACCUAUGAGGCAGUGGUCUAUGCGGCCGGGCCCUUGGCUUUCCGUCCUGACCACUGCCCCUCGGCUUCUCCAUCCACUUAUCCUUGAUUUGGGUUUUUCGGGCUUUAGGUUAUAUAUACUCAUUAUUAUAAGGCACCUCGCUCAUUUCCUCAUCUCUUUUCUGUUUGUUUUUUUUUUCCUUUUUGGUCAAGAAAUGUAAUGUAAUGGGAAACAUGUGUAUCCUCUAUAUCGAGUUUGAGAAGAACCA